GCGUGAGAGGAGGGUCUGUUUGCGCGCUCCCGUGCGUGCCCACCUCCCGUCUGCUAUCCGAUCCUUCCUCCGUCUCUUCGCUGACUCAGUGCCUUAAGCAGCAUCACCGCUCACCAGAACAGAUCUACAGCAUCCUCUGCGGAGAAAUACAUCAGCCAUGGCUAAAACAGCAACCGCAUACAAAGAGAAGAUGAAGGAGCUGUCUGUCCUCUCCCUCAUCUGCUCCUGCUUCUACCCAGAGCCACGCAACAAGCUUGUGUGUGACUUUGAAGACAUGGAGGUGAAACCUAUAAACAAGCGGGCCUCGGGUCAGGCUUUUGAGGUGAUUCUCAAGCCUCAGUCUCCAGUGUCAGAUGUAGCCCACAACCUUCCCUCACCCCCAAAGAGGGAUAUCUCCUUGGACGACAUUGAGAAGAAACUCGAGGCAGCUGAAGAACGGAGGAAGUACCAAGAGGCCCAGGUGCUGAGGGCUUUGGCAGAAAAGCGAGAACAUGAGAGGGACGUGUUGCUAAAGGCUAUGGAAGAGAACAGUAAUUUCAGCAAGAUGGCUGAGGAGAAGCUCCAGAUGAAGAUGGAGCAGAUCAAGGAGAACCGUGAAGCCCACCUGGCGGCCAUGAUGGAGCGCCUACAAGAGAAGGAGAAACACGCGGCUGUGGUGCGCAGAAACAAAGAGCUGAGGGAAGAGCUGACAGCAUGAGCCUCACACGAGUCCAGACUUCCAUCCACCCAGUCCUGUCCCCUUCCUCGAAUGACGGUUGGUGUUUCCAGACUACAGACUCCUCAAGAUAUCAACGUAUCUCAUCUGUAUCUCCCUCACGCGCACCUACUCAUUCUCAACACGCACACUUGGAACUUAACAAUAAUCGAAUCCCCACAGAUACAUAGAAGUCCACUUCCUCUGAAAUGAGCUCAAUAGGUGCUUUAUUGUUAUUAAGAAUGUCUAUGCCCAAUGGGAGCAACUGUUUAUACACUUGCAGAUUACCACUUUACCCCGACCGCGCCAUUUUUCGAUGAAUCCAUCGUUACCCAAACGAAUAGCUUUGUUAAGAACAGUGUUGGGAAUGAACCUUAUAAAGUUGUGAAUGUUAUGACACCAUACUGGUAUCAUGCAUAGUGUCUUGGACAGUAGAAUGUGCUGUUGCUCCCAUCUUGAUAUUGAUAGUGUGAACAUUACGUAUGUCUGUGUGGGUGUGUGUGAAUGAAGAAUUACCUUGAGGCAUCAUCAGCACCUUCUCUCAUUUAGGGGGUUAGAUAGAGAAUGGAUGCAGGAUGCUUUACAUUCAGCACACUAAACUAGUCUCUUUUUAAUAUACAGUACCACUGAUAUCUGCCUGCAUCUUCUGCUGCUUGUUUUUCUCCCUCCAUCUAUUUCUCUGUGAAAGCUUUGCUGAAUAAAAGUUUGGGGUUCUGUGAACAUGGCAUGCACCAUCUGAAACUUUUCUGUAAACUGCCAAAUAAAAGAACCAGUUAUCUACA